GUGGCUAACUUCAGGCGGAAGUCUGAGAACGUCAUCAGUAUAUGGCUGAUACGUAACUUGCUGGCAGGGUUGCUGCAGCGUGACAAUGACACCCUUGGCUAAUUUGUGUUAACAUACUAAAAUUAACCCAGCGUUAAUAAUUCACCAUGCUACUCUGGAGCUCGCGGUGCAGUAUCGGACUCGCACACUCCUGGUGUCGGACAGCCGCCCGACACCGGCGUUGCACUCAUCGAUACCGCUUUCUCUUCACGUCUUUCGGCAAAUUAGCCAAAGAGGACGGCGAGGUUCAGGCGAACCGCCCGCAGCCGCUGAAGGAAUGGAGCCUAGAGGUCAGUCCCUUCAGCACGCUGCGAGCACGGCUUGGAUGUAGCAUCUCCGUCGGACCCCUUGACCCGCACGCCUUCCCUGAAGCGGACCGAGCCUUCAUCCUGGUCCGCGGAGAGGAGAAUUUAAAAGACGUGGAAGGAUUCCACGUACAGUACAACGACCAGGACAAGGAGUUGCUCAUCUCGACAGAAAAGGCUAAUGGCAGCUUGUCUGUUGAUGUUUCAAUACCCAUCAAGAGCAAUAUCUUCAUAAGCACCCACGCCGAAGGCAACGUGCAGGUGAAGAACAUUGAGUGUGACAUCUGCAAGGUGUACACAGAAAAAGGCAACUGUUUACUGCGUUCAGUCAAGGGCCAUCAGGUGGAGGUGCGUUCAGGUGGAGAUGUCACAGGCGAAGGCACUAUCCAUGGCAAUGUGGACAUUAGCGCUUUUGGAAAAGGGGCAGUUCGUGUUAAGAAGCUGCAGGGCACCGAGAUGAAAGUCUCCACAGAGCAUGGCGACCUGGCGGUCAAGGCCAUCUACGCUCAAUCCAGCUGCGUCUCCUCCCAUACGGGCAAAGUGGAGCUGGGACUCGUGCACGGUGAUGCCACUGUUAAGAACACAUCAGGUCAUACGCUUAUAGAUGGCUCCAAUGGCCUCUUGAAGGUUUCAUCUCAAAGUGGUGACAUCGAUGUGUAUGUGGGAGACGGUGCCAGCUCGGAGUUGAUUAGCACGGAAGGAACAAUGUGCGUCCGCGUGCCUCCUUCACUACAAGCGGACGUGGAACUCUGUGGAGCCAAGGUGGAUGUUAGCCGUGAUGUCAAGUUGCUUCAUAUUCAGGAGAACACUGCUGAAAAACAAACCAGACUUACCGGUUAUAUGAACUCUGAUGGUCCAGCACUGCAACGGAUCAAGGUGACCACAGAAAGUGGAUCAGUCAGCCUAAGGACGCAAAGCUGGUUCCAGUCACUAAAACUGGGAGGCUGAAAAGUUAUAUCAUGGUUGCACAGAAGCGUCACAAAACAAAAAAGUGUACCUCAUACAUUAAGCCAUUGGAGAGACUGAAAAAAAAAUUACACUUCUGUGCUAUCAAAUGUGUAUUUAAUAAAAAUACAAGUAUUUAUUACAGUAACAUUGUUCAUAUUUACACUGAACAUUCCCUAACAAUGGGAAUUAAGUGACAUUUAACUUGAGGUAUGAAAACAUGAUUUAAAGUGCACACACAUGCAGUGAAUGUUCAUGUUUCAGUGCACUGACGGGAAUGGCCAUCCAAACCAUUUUGACUGGACAUCCAUUGCUGUCAAUGGCAGUCAAGGUGACCACAGGGUUGAAGGCAUGACCCCAAUGUUGGGUGUCAUGCUUUGUUCAGCCUUCCCAAGGUUUAUUCUGCUGUUUUCCACAUGAAUUUCUCAGACUUUUCAACACUGUCCAAUGGAAACCUUCAUUUUAAUCCAGCUCGGUAGAACAUGAGACUUCAAUCUCAGGGUUGUGUGUUCAAGUCCCACGUUGGGCAUCUGAAUGUUGUAUUCAUUCAAAUCUUUCGGAUUUUUGUUCUGUCCAAGGAACUAUGCUAGCUCACUUUGUAGAACUUGAGCUGUGCUUUAUUUAUUCCUCCGAGGGAAAUUCCACCAUUCUUUCCAACGCUUCCCAAUGAAAAUCUUCCAUCUUAUCAUAUCUGAGAGCUCCGCUAGCUCAGUCGGUAGGUUGUCUACUUCAUCAAUGUCCAAUGAUAACCCAAUAAAAAUUGUUGUAAAAUGCUAUCAAUACUCUUCACUGCACAGCAGUUUUUUCACACCGGAAUGUCAACACCACAUACUAUAUUGUAAUGACAAAAUUCAUCAUUUCAACUAGGAAACAGCUAAAUAAGAGGAUAUCUGCUGUGCGCGCAGUUUGCUUUAUCGCAGCCACAACUUUGUUUGUUCGUUGCUGUACUCCCAAUGCUGCAUAUAUGGCUGCAGCCUCAUGGCAGCCUCCCUG